CCAAGCGUUCAGUCGAGUUCUGAUCGUUCCGAGCAUCGCUCGCCUGGGAUUUCCGGCUCGUGCAGGCUUCGUAAGGAACGGGGUCUCCAUCUCGAAGGGCGUGUAUUGGUGGAUGGCUUAGCGACCAAUAGGUCCAGCAGAAGUGGAUUUUGUUUUAUUGGCCAUCCUAUCUCCACCACAGUCGUCUCCAAACUCUUCCCUCUCCUCGUUCUUCUCCAUCACAACAUUCAUUUGCCAUCACACGUUCCACUGCGACCAGUAAGUGUUUCAACAGCUGGAUGGACCGAUGGGGUAGGUUCCAUUGCUGGUGAUUAGUGAAGUAGUUGAGAAAAACCUGUGCAGCCCUGCAACGUAUAUACCCACGAGUGCUAUUUAUAGGGAAAAAAAGGAGCACAGGAGGAUUCAAUUUUCCUGGUGACGCAGUUCGGUCUGAUAAACCGGGAUCUCGUGUGAGUCGUGGUUGGUGUUUCGGCAGUUUGGCAACCAGAGCAAGAAAGUGCAACAGAGUGAAAGCCAAGAAAAGGGCAAUCAAUUGUGUAACUAUUGGCAUCUUGUCGUUUCGAUAAUAUAUGUCUAAGUUUGUACAAGUUUAUCGGAUCGUUUGUAAGUGUAGUGUAAGUGUUUCGGAAUUUUAACAACGCCGCAUCAGACAGAAUUUCGUUUUCGAAGGCACACAAUUCUACUGCGCUCCUUUGGUUACAUUAGUGUGCUGGUCAGGAUUGUGAUGGGCGGAUUUUUUCGUUCGGAGGCUUUGGACUUGCGGCUCACUCUGGGUCACUGAUUAGCACGGCAGAAGAAACUGCAGAGAAAAGCAGAAGAGAACCUUGGAAAAGCUGUUUCUAACCAAGAUCACAUGACCGGUCGCAAUGCAUAAAGUCCCAUUAUGGCCCUGGUUAGCCAUAGCAUGGAGAUGGAGGAUAGUGCUAGCAUGGAGCUUGCUGCUGCUGCAAAACUGUUGCGUCAGUUCCGAACAGUUAAGUGGUUUAAGAACAAACGAUGGAAGCACCAGUGGCAUUACUGCGAGUGGUACCGGUGCCGAAAGAGCGGGAAGCACGGGAACCAUUGCCGGCAGAAUUGGCUCCCGUUCGGGUGCAACUAAAGCUAGCGUGGAGGCAGUUGAGGACUCACUUCAAACGAUUCACGACAUCGCCACCGAAAACUUGGGCACUCUUUGUCUGAGUAAACAGUACCGACCGCUGCGAAUAUUGUUGAAUCCGGAACGCUAUACCGGUGCCCGUCAGAAAGCCGAUCUGGCCGCGGUGGUACUUCAGGAUGUUGGAGUGGCCCGACAUAAUGGUCUCUUGGAUGCCCUCGCAAAAGGUCUACUCUCAGAUACGCACGUCACGAGUGCCCGAAUUCUGUCCAUAAACAUUUCCGACGGACUGGUCAUAAACUCGGCCUGGUGGAACAAACCAACGUCCGGCAUGGCGGGUCCCCUACGGAUAGAAGAGGAAGGAAUUGCUAUCGGGAAAGCACCUGAUUCAAGCUACCCAUGGUUUGAAGAUGAGAUUUCAUCUCCGGGUUUGCGAUCUCCUAAAUUUGCACCAUCUCCACUAAACAUAUCUUUCCGUGGCUGGUGGACCUAUCCGUACUACUCGUGCAGUCACAAAAAGUGGAUUCUAUCCUACAGUGUUGCAAUACCACCGAUGGGAAGACAUGGAUUACGCGGUUUUCUCAGCAUCGAUAUCGACAUCUCCGAUCUGCAGGUUAACCAGUGUGACAAUCCGAGCAAACUGGAGCUGAUGAGCUAUAAUCACCACCUGAGACAAUACUAUCCGUUCGUACGGAACAUCAAACUCAGCGACGAUGAACAACUUCACCAGAUUGAGGCGUUUCAUGGUUCGCAUAAAUGUCACAUGCACAGCAUGCGCUGCGUUUACCGGCCGGUGCUGGUCAACAUAGUCACAGCAGUCAAUUUAAAUUAUAAUCACUAUAGCAACACUAGCAGCUAUAGUAAUGUCAACAGUAGCAGCAGCAGCAGCAGUAGUAGUAGUAGCGGUAGUAGUAGCAGUGGUAGUGGUAGCACAGCAGCUUUGUUGAAAAAGAAUCUUAAAGUCAUUCAGGGGUGGACGCGGGGUGCCUAUGAAUGCAAGUGUAAAGAUGGUUUCUUUUCGGCACCACAUCCUCGCGGGUUCAACGGUAGCAUCAUGGAAGUCGCAUAUCAAGAGUAUCGGGACAACAUAAGCACGUAUUACGAGGAUGUGUUCGUGUGUGUUCGGUGCGCUCCAGGCUGCACGACGUGUACCGGACCGGAAAAUUGUCUAGCCAGCUAUAAUUGGGUGUUCAGAACCACCCUGCUGACGUUCUCGGUGAUGUGCGCCGGCUUUACGGUGCUACUCGCACUGUAUAUGUACCAGCACCGUAAGGUCAAAGUCUUCAAAGUGGCCAGUCCGGUAUUCCUCACGAUUACCUUGCUCGGUUGUGCCUUCAUGUAUCUGGAAAUGGCUGCCAUUUUUCCGAUUCUGGACACCUACUCGUGCAUUGCCACCAAGUGGACUCGGCACAUGGGAUUCUGUGUUACCUACACGGCACUGUUAAUGAAAACCUGGCGAGUUUCGUUGACCUACCGGGUUAAGUCGGCUCACAAGGUCAAGCUGACCGACCAUCAGCUGCUCCAGUGGAUGGUACCGAUUUUGCUAGUGAUGUUCAUCUUUCUCGGCACCUGGACCCUCUCGGCUCCACCGUUUGCGGAAAAUAUUGUCGACCAGAACGGUCUAAUAUUCAAGCAAUGUUCGUACAACUGGUGGGACCACAGCCUGGCUAUCGGCGAGGUGCUAUUCCUGGCCUGGGGCAUCCGUGUGUGCUACAACGUACGCAAUGCCGAAUCACUGUACAACGAGGCCCGGCUCAUAUCCUUCGCCAUCUACAACAUCGCGCUCGUCAACACCACCAUGGUUGCGUUCCAUUUAUUCAUCUUUCCUCGAGCUGGUCCAGACAUUAAGUAUCUGCUAGGCUUCAUCCGGACCCAGCUCAGCACAUCCGUCACGAUAGCACUGGUAUUCGGUCCGAAAGUGCUCCGAAUACUGCGCGGCCAGGGGGACCAGUGGGAUCAGCGCGCACGAAAACGGGGCAUAACCGCAUCGUUCUCACUCAACGGCAUCGGUCUGGUGCCCGAGGAAACCGCAGAUCUGUACCAGGAAAACGAAGAGCUGAAGGAAGAAAUUCAGAAACUUGCUGCUCAAAUCGAAUUCAUGAAGAUUGUUCACAUGGAAAUGAACAAUCGUCAUCUGAAGCCAAAACCGGGAGGCUAUUUCACGCUGAAAAGUCCGCUCGGCAAAAGCAUUGGCGGCAGUGGGCUGCACUCGUCCCACAAGCACAAACACCCUCCCAAGGAGGACUCACUCAAGGAGAACAGUGGGAUCACCGAGGACGGACACAGUGGCACCAACAGCUGCUACUCUGGGACGGCGAAUUCAAUCGGACACUACCCGGCCGGUUCGUCGGAACCCUGGGUGGACACCAGCUGAAAGUUUUUUCAUCCAUGUCAUCUCUGCAAUCACAUCGUGACCAGCGCGCGAAAGUUUCGCUGACCUAAAUUAGAUUUUAUUUGUUGCUUCGGCGUCUCUAGCUAGCGAGAUUGAGUCCGCCCUUAUCCGCUGUCACUGGUGCCGAUUUCCGGAGAAACCUCAGCUGCAACGUAGUCCUCGGUAGGCUAGGAAGCCUUCCUACCCGUCAUCAGUCCCAGUGCUGAGCGACCUUCCGGUAAUUAUAUUGAAAUUCAAUUUUGCACGUGUUCCGUAUCCCCACAGCAGACACAUUUUAUCUCAUUCGGUUGCCUUUUCCCCGACACAUUGCGCACCGAAUAUUCCAGCGUGUUUUGUGAUGAAUUCGACGUUUCAAGGUUCGAUAGAAAAAACAGAAGGCACACGCUAUCAGGGCAAUCUAUUGAGUCCUCCUCGGUAGUCGACGGAAAGAUCGCUGCAUGUUUGCGACAAUAAUAGAAAUGGCAAAAUUUUGAUGAAAAUAUUUACGGAUGUGUAAAUAUAAGGGGGAUUAGAUGAAACCAACUAGUGGGAUUUAUAUACCAUUUAGCAGUGAAUCUUUAGGACAGAGCAGUGACGAUAAAAGUAUCAGUAGAAUAGACCUUAGCCUUUCUUGACAGUAACAGAACAAGAAUCGGUUAUCUAAUGCAAACUAUCUAUUGAAGCUGAGGUGUCAGGUUUUCUAGUUACAAGCUUGAAAACAAAAACGACCGGUUAUCUAUUGAACUGAAUUGUUUUACUAACUUCUCGUUCAAUUAUUCCAUCCUGAUAAAAAUGCAAAAGUACGCACGAUUGCUCACUAUCGUGCCAAACUAAAAGAAAAAUAAAAAGAAGAAAUACUUUUGCCUCUUGAAAAAAUAGGUUCAAUUUGCGUAUGUCUGUCGUACAACAAUAGUUUUUCAAGAUAGAUUUACAUCUUAAAGCAAGUAAUCUUAGAGACCCCACUAUUGCUAACUAUACCGGAACCAUUAGAAUCGGGUCUCUAGAUGAUAUUUACAAUCGUAUUAGAAAUGAAAUUAUUGUACCUUGUUCAUAGAAAGUUUAGCAUUAAAAAGAAGGUCCAAGCAUGCGUCUAAAUGGAAACUAUUUUUGAACUUAUGUUAGCGAUGACGCCAACGGUUGACGCUUACUUGGAUCUAUUUUUACUAAGACUUUAGACUCCUUUCUCUGAUUAAUCGCGAACUGAUGAUUUUUACAUGUGUUAGUAAUCCGUACCUCAAUUUUAUUUCCUUACCAGUCUGGCUCAAAUUUUACUCGAACAAGUAUUAGGUUAACGUUACCGACAGAAACGAGAAAUAAAUGUAUAUUGAUUAAUGUAAAACACAUAUAAACAGCAAACCAGAACCAAAGAUUCCCAUCAUCAACCAUAAUACAAAUUACCCACCCAAAGCCGUUGAUUAGUUAAGAUUCUAUAUAUCUUUGACUGUUAUACAAAGAGAGAGAGGAAAAUCUAUGUCCCACGAAAAACCAAGCACAAAUCACACAUCGUUCGUUGUUACAUGAGCUUAAUUUUGAUCCUAAGCUUGUUUAAUUGGUAAACCGUUUCACGCUAAGCUGCUUGAUUACGUUUUGUAAUAAAAAUCUAUUCAGAGCCAUUUUAAGAAUAGCGCAAAAAUCGAGCAUUAGUCGUUAAAUACUGAAAUAAUUUAGAAACGUGUUUAGCGUUAGAAUGAAUGAUCAAAAUUAACAUUAACUCAACUCAGUCAAUAUAAACAAAGUGGUCACGAAGUGAAAUAAGGAACAAAUAAUAAGUCUUAACAGUGAGCAAAUGUAAGCCCUUAGGGAAAUUGAUGUGAUAACACCCGUUCGACGCCAGAAAAUAUCUACUUUCGCCAUUACAUACAUAUAAACCACCUCUCAAGUCGCAAUACAUGACAUGUCCCGUAUGGAUGACGACUUCUCGGUACCCAGUUUUAUUGUCGCCCUGCGGAUUGGUUUUUCAACAUGUGACGGAUGUUUAUGGCUCCUGCUCCGAAGUUCAGCGUGAAAGGUAGGUUGGGGAGAAACGCAAUUUCCUAAUAAUUGCAAUAAAUUUCAAAAAGUUACCAAUGAAAUAAAAAGUUGUUCGAACGUGGAAGGUUAUAAAUUCAGAUGCAUUCUGAGUUCUGAAGUAACAAAAAAAGUUUUACCUAAUCUAUCUACAUUAUCAUUUGAAUCAUUCGCAGCAUUUUAGUGAAACAACAUUGAUUUACUGUUGCGAAUUCUAAAUUUGACAGUCGAGCAGUUAUUUUUUGUCAAGUAGUUGAAUUUACAUCAAACUUUGCCCCAUUUCAAACGGGUUGGCGUAUGCAAAGACAUCAUAGUAACGAGAUAUCCUGCUCUCACAUUUCCCGAACAAAUCAUUGGCAACAUCCAUUUUUGCGACCAUGGCGCCCUCAGGCGAGUCCGCAUCGAAUCUCGUACUUUGAAGUAGGGGAGAGAAAUGUCAAAUUCGUGCGAACCAAAAUGUGAUGGCGUUGCUGAGCUGAAGAUUGAUUUCGCUCCAAGCUGACAGGGUCGGAAGGAUGGAAAUUUGUUUGGGUUUAUUUUGAGCUGAAUAUAAAAUGAUAUCAAGUGAUAUAAUAAUUGAAAUACAUAGAACGCAAGAAGAACUUUGAGAAAAAACGGCUUCGUUUGACAAUGUAGAAACUUUCUUUUGGAGUAUUUUCUUUGACUAUAAAAAGUAUAAAAAGUUAUUGCACAGAUGAUAUUUUUACUAAAAAUCUGAAAUUAGAAUUAUUCUACAAGAUUUUUUUUCAGUGUGGAAAAAUUUCGAACUGUCAAAAAUAACCAUGUUUCCUACACUGAAAAUAAUUUGCGCACUAGCAUCACGUGCAAAGCAUUAGUGGCCCUUACACGAUCAUUAAAAGUGUCAUUACUAAGUAAUGACACUUCUGCUCAAACGCUCGUCAUUACUGCAUUACUGUACAUCAUUACUUUUUAGCAUUACACGUUCAUUAUUAAUGAUGAGUAUUUGUAACUACUCCAGCAAUAGCAAUAUUUUUAUUUUCGUUUAGCUGAAAAUAAAUUUGAUUUGCCAUUGAAACGUUAAGGUUAAUGAAAUAUUAACAAUUUAAAUCUACACUUUGUCAUUUUUUCGCGUAUAGUUCUAAAGAUAUUCAUCACUUCCACAAAAAAAUAAGAAGAAGAAAUAAUGUUGGUAAUGAUGGAAAAUCCACAAUUCCAUCAUUACUGAACUCGUAGACCUUACACGAUCAUUAAAAGUGCCAUUACUUUUUAGUAAUGACACUUUUAAUGAUCGUGUAAGGGCCGCUAUUGGAACUGUAGAGCGCUUGAAUUUCAUGAAAAUAUACACUUAACUCACGAAAUUAGUGUAAAACCUGUGGAUAUUUAGUGGGAAUCAUGCUACAUUUAUCUGAAAUGUACAUCAAAACGAGAAAAUAAAUUCGUUGCCUCUAGAUUCUAUAUGAAUUUCAUAUGAAUGUCACAUUGUUUUCCAGAUAGAUUUCAAUUGAAACACGGUUGACCGAAUCAAGUGUUUUGCAAUUACGUUUGGGCUGCACUCAUUUCCAUUAGAAAAUGAAGUGUUCAACACAUGUAGUUCGAUUCAAUAGCAAAGCACAUCACACCCAAAAGAAAAACACAUCAAGUAAGCUUAGUAAAAAAUAAUUUAAUCAUGCAUUUUAGUGAAUUUGCACAUAAAAUCUUAAAACCGAUCGCUUUGGCUCUGUAUUGAAUUGAAAAAGCAUAUUAAGAUGAAAUGCUAUUUACAUGUGAAUCGAUCGUACAAAUUUUCAUCAGUGUAGCAGGGUUAUUUUUGACAACGACAAAAUAUCUACUCGACUGUCAAAUUUUAACUAGAAGUUAGAAUAAUUCGCGAGAUGAUCCACAGCCUUAGAUCAAUUUUUACGUCAUCUAACGAUUGAAUUCGCUUCAAAGUGCAUUGACAGCGCAAUCGUCAAUUUUUGUGAUUUUGAAUGGGAAAUAACAGAAAAAGCAAAAAGAAAGCUUUUAACAAACAAAAAGAUGCAAAUGAUUUUAAAUUUAGGUUUAAAUUUGACAUUUUAAUAGUUUUGCUUUUUCGAGUAGUCAAAUUUGCCUACACGCUUAGUUUUAGCUACUCAGUGGUACAAAAUGGUGUUUACCUGAAAAUGGGUAGAACCCUAUCAAUUCGAUUGAUAUGAUGUCAGUUGACUGUACACGCUUAGAAAAAGUUACUCAGAGUUUUAGUACUAGUUACUCAUUUUCAAAUGAUACAUGGAAACGUCAAAAAUUGAGUAGUUACCAUCAAUAAUAAUGAGUAACUCUUACUCUAAAUUUGAGUUUAAGGCAAAAACUCGUUUUUAUGAUACUAUUCGCAAGAUCAGUCUAAAAGUGGUAAUAGCCAUUUGUAGCAACAGGUUCUAUUUUUUGUCAGUGAGAUCGCGUAUUUCAAGUGUGAGUCGCUUAACACAAACGGUGUUGUGUCUGCAAAAACCACAAUUUUUAGACUGUCAUCUUGGUUGUGCCAUCGACGCAGUUAUUGUGUCCAGAAGUGAUCCGUACUGUGCUUCAGAAUGGAAACAAAUAUGCUCAAGUGUGACAUUUAUGAGGAACAAGUGUCUGAUUGGUGUCUGAGCAGUACUGACAUGUGUGUUAAGCUACGAUUGACACACUACUCCAAGCGAUCGCCACUUGAUAUGAUAUCUCGAAGUUAGAAAUCAAUUGUAAAUGGAAUAAUAAAUAAACACAGUAUGAUUAUUUUAUGUAUUACUUGUCAAUAACUUAAAUUCUAAUACAAUACAAUUAAAAAAAGGAGCAAUUUUACGCCAAUUUGGUAUAUGUGGAAUAAAAUUUCAUUCAGAAUUUAACUAAUUACUCUAUUUUUGGUACAUGGGCAAAUAAAGCAUUAAUCAGUAAAUGAGUAGAUUUGACCCAAAAAUCGUUUCCAGUGUCCAAAAAUCGUUUCAAAUUUGAGUAACUAAGGAGUUACUCUAAAUUAGAGUUGUUCCACUUUUUCUAUAGAUGAGUGGGAUCUUACUCAUUUUUGAGUAACUAUUUUUAAGCGUGUAUCACUGAAUUCAAGUGAAAUCCGUCGCACAUUGGCCAAAUUUUUCUUUUUAAAUCUACUCAAUUUUUGGGUAGGUAUGGUAUUUCCCAAACCAAACCUACCCAAACAUUGAGUAAUUAUAGAAAGAAACCGAUGUACGACGGGUGUCACUUAAAGACAGCGACACCUUCAACUGACAUCAUACCAAUCAAUUUGAUAGGGUUCCACCCAAUUGUGGGUAUAAAACCAUUUUGUGCCACUCAGUAACCACAAGUUAGUGUAACUGUAACCCACACGCUCUAUGGACGACUACUCAAAUCCAUAAACUGAAGCAAUCUGUCAACAUUUGAGUUCUGAUUUGAUUAGAAAUUACUCAAGUAAUGAGUUCUCUCACAUUUGCUAGUGCGUUAUAUAGUAAGCGUUGGGUUUUCAAAUAUUCGAAUGAAAAAAAAUCUAACUCUCGUGUUGUUCGGUGUGUGUGUUGUUUAAAUACAAACACUUGUCAAGAAUAAAUUGAUUAAAUUUGUUGUUCAUUGACGAUUUUAAGACCCUUUCCUGACAUUGUUUGCCAUUUUAGUCAAAUAUGUGAUUCUUAUGGGUUUUCUAGGUUUCAAUUACAUCCAGUAAGAAGUCGAUCAGGAAUGUUUGAAACCAUUUAAUUUUAGUCCCAUACAGAUCACUUCACAAUUUUCUGUUUUGAUUUAAUAUUACUCAAAUUUUGACAUCUUUAUGCCUUUACUCAUAUAUGAGUAAACAUGAAGAAACUCAAUAAAUUCACAUUUUGAAAGGGUAGCUUUUUAUGGAUGAAAUAGCAACAAAUUACAUUGAAAUGAUAUUAUCAAUUAAUUUGACACUUGCUAUAUUUUUUGUCAGUGUCUGAAAAUUACUGUUGAACUGUCAAAUACAAUCAUGCUUUCGAGCAGUAUUGUUCUUGACAACGAUUAGGUUUUUUACCAUCACUGCUAACCUCAAUCGGAUGAACACAUUUUGACAGUUCAGCGGUACUGUUUGUAUGUUUUUUUUGUUUGUCUGUUAACAAACGGGUGAGAACGUUCACUGCCCAUAUCACCUAAAUAGAGUUUCAAAACGUUUGUUAACGAUUCGAUAUGGUUCGUUUCAGAUAUUUAUUAAAUAAAAGUGGCUAGUUGUGAAGUGUGAAGAUGAUUGUUUGUGAUGAGUUCCUCGUUUUUUUAAGUUUAUUUAUAAACAGUACCGCUGAACUGUCAAGGAUGAAUUCUCGUUCAUUUGUGACGUCACGAUAAAUAAUCUAAUUAGAUUUUUAUCGUGACGUCACGAAUGAACAAGCAUUUAUCCUUAACAGUUCAGCAGUACUGUUUACAAACAAGCUCAAACAAAAACCGAAGAACACAUCUUAACCCCUUAACGCUCAUGGGGAAAUAUAUUUCCCUUUUACAAAAAUCGUUUCUUCAAUUAUUAUUAAAUCGAUGUGUUUUAUAAACUGAAUGUUUAAAAAAAUUAUUACCAAGGUGACAAAUGUGUUUCUGAACGAAGAAAAAAAAAGAACUGUCAAUCUUCAUUGCACUAAAAAAGUUUGUGCAAAACGACGCAUAGAAAAUAUAACACAUAUUAAAUUUGUUAUGUGCAACGUCCACUUGUGCUAAACAAGUACACGAAAUCGUUUCGUAGAAUACCAUAACUAGCUAUUUAUUUUACUAUUAUGAUUUACUAAAUCAAUCAAUUAAAUUACGAUAUAAUAAACCCAACUCUCAUUUAUUUAUUUCUGAGGAUCAUAGGAAAAAAUAUUUCCCAUGAAAUUAUAGGAAACUUAUGCACCCUGCUAUGUUUUUUCUGUUGAUUUUCUCUUACUUUAUACCCACAAUAGCUGAAAUAUUGUGUUGUACUGACAUAUUUCGUCCUGGACAUCUUAUGGUCGUGAAAGGGUUAAACAAUCAUCAUUACACUUUGCAACUAGUCACUUUCAUUUAAUAAAUCUCAAAAAUAAACCGUAUCCAAUCGAGAACAAAUGUUUUAAAACUCUAUUUAUGCAAUAUGGACCGUAAACGGUCUCAUCAAAUUUGUCAACAGAUAAACAAAACAAAUCUCUGUUUACAAACAGUACUGCUGAACUGUCAAAAUGUGUUCAUCUGAUUGAGGUCAGCAGUGACGGUAAAAAACCUUAUGAAAAUAAUUUCUGAGCUGUGAAACACCUACAUGUUCUUUGAUCAUAACUCAUGGUUUGAGUUGCGAUUAUUCAAAUUCAUAAACUGGGACAAUAUGUCAAAGUUUGAUUGGAUUUGGAUUUAGGUGAAAUUUAUUCAGACCAUGAGCUCACUCGCAUCUAUUUAUACAUUAUAGUAAGCGCUGAGUUUUCAAACAUUUGAGUGAAAAAAUACUUCUUGCAGUUCAGUGCGUUUCCAUUAUCGGAAUAUUUUUAUCGAAUUUAAUAUUGCAAGAAUACGUAGUUUUUCAAAGCCGUUUCUAGAUCCAGUUUUUGGAAUCAUGAAUCAUCAAUAUUUUCAAUAGAAAUUGUGUGGUUUAGGAUAUCAAAAUUGUUCAAUUUUGACUCCAAACCGGUCAAAAGGAAACGGUUUUAAAUCACUUUUUUGCGCUUCCAUUUAAAAGAAAAAAAAGUAAUAUCUUUAACAAAGAAUGCCAUGUAUAUGAACAUUAACGAAGGAGAAUUUCUUGAUUUUGAGUGCAAGAAACUCAAAAUUUGAGUUAUCUAAUUUGAAAAAAAAAAUUUCUUUUCGAGUAAAAAAUACUCCAAUUUUGACAGUUAGGUGGUGCCUCGAGUUCAAAGUACGUGCAUUUUUUAUGAAUUGGAGUGGUGUGUCACUCAAUUUUGAGCUAUGUUCAAUGAGGGUGUAAAAUUAACAAAAUAGCAUGGUUGCCAAAACAAAUAACAAAUUUAUCGUUCAGUAGACGGGGCACUCAGCCCUCUGUCACGGCGCCAUCUUGGCGAGACAAAAAUCGGAACGUCAAAAAUCAGCUGAUUUCAAUGUGACUGAACAAUCAGUAAUGCAAUCGUAUUUCGAAUCAAUUCGUUUGUAGCAAGAAAGUUUUUCGGCGAUUUCCUCACAAAAACUUGCCCGUGUAUACAACAGUAAAUGUUUUGGAACACCAAAAAGUAGUAACAUUGAGCAAAAAGUUGAAGGCAUCUAUUAAACAGUUUCCUCUCUGGAGAGAAAAUAUUGAUUGAUGAGCAGUUUAGAUUUUGUGAACACAUUGUAAUAAUAUUGUCUCGUGUAAAGAUCGCUUUAAUUUCAUAAAUCACUUUGAUUGUGUUUGUCUCCGUAUUCCGAUUCCGAAAGUACCGGAAGUAGUGGUCAGAAAACUCAGCAAUUCAUCGAUAUUCAAAAAAAAGCUCAUGAGAAAGGCACCACUGCACCAUUAGGUGGAUUAAAACCGGUUUUUGCUGAAGCGAAAGACAGAAAUGUUUUGUCUCUGUUCUUUUGUUUCGAAUGCGAUCGUUUGCAGUUGAGACCGCAAAAAAUGAACACAAAACUGUUUGAUUGAAUUCGUUCAUUGAAAAUAUGGGACAAUUCACGGCUCGGUCCGCGAUCAUUAUUCGUGAUAUAUUUCCAUAACAUGAAAACGCAGCAUAUUGCCGAACCCAUGCGUUGUUUUGUUGAUUUAUGGAAACAAAUUCAUACCGGAAUAUUACCGUUGUUUUUUAUCAAACCAGUGCACAUUUUUACUCAUUGCUCCGUUAUUUAUAAUUGCGUUCCUAUAAAUUCGAGGCAUAAGCAAUUAAAUUGAUUACUCUCCAGCGAUAUCUUCUCAAUUGUAAUUAUCAAGCACAAGGUUUGUGGGUAAACUUGAUCGAUACAAGCUUUAAAAAUUUAACUUUCAAGUUAUCAAAUUAAAGUAUGAUAGUGAAUAUUGAUUGAUCAAAAUUGAGUCCCAAACAAAAAAAUUUUAGAAUAUUAUUCUUAAUUGAGACCUAGCGACAUUUUCGUAGUGGGUUCUUUUUACCCUUCCUUUCUCUAUUUCCUACUGGCGAAACUCUGAGAACAAUAAAUGUGCGGUAAAAGGUUGGAGUUCAAACAAAUACUUUUGCAUAUAUCUAGAAAAACAGCGAUUAUCACCGAUGGCACACUUCAUACGAAUUUUCUUUCACUCGAGCUUUAAACUCAUUUAAAGUACGUAAUCGUAAUAAAAAUAUGAUAAAGAACAGGAAUAUCACAGAGAAUUGACAUACAGACUGAAACAAAAUUAUUUAAAAAAACAGGGUAAAAUUUAAAUAAGCUAUACGUUGAUAAUGAAAGGCUCUCUGCUGCCUAUUAGCCAUUAGCUGUCAACCUUACAAAACGUUCCACUUCGUUCCGGUACGAUAACAAAAAUUCUUCUGUCCAUUAAGGGUUGCCACCUGCACGGGCAUCGUCCUAGAAGAAUCUGCCGGGCCGUAGUACAACCGACGAAGACUUACAUCAUUUCAUUCACUAUGAUAUGACGUAACGUAUGACAUCUUUAAUUUAGCUUAACUGAAAAUAUAAGAUAUGAAGUGAGGUCCAACGUUCAGGGAGAUUCAUGCUUUGAAUGGUCGAUUAAGUUUUAUUCGAUACAUCAUCUUUUCGAUCGUUCGCCCGAUAAAGAUAUUUGAAACGAUUGAAUCGAUCAGUAAUGAUGCACUCAUUCGAGUUGCUUGGAUGUGAUUCGAUCAAUUGAAUAGAAUUUCGUUCACUGUAAACCGAGCACCAUUUAAGCACGCUAAGUGAGACUUCCACACGCUCAUUGAGGCUGUGCCAAUUACACUACCCUGCAUGUGAAAUACCACGCAGAAAUCGACCAAAACAUCUGCACAUGUUCAUCUGUGUACAACUGCUAUCAAGUUCCAAUAGCAGUCCUACCCUAAAACGGUUUCUCCGGAUAGAAAAGUUACGAGUUUGAGCCCAGUCUCAGCGGUAAUUUAUUCGCGAAAUUUUAAUUUUCUGUUAGAUGUUUCAUCAGCUCUUUUCUAACAUUUUUCAUUGCUUUCUUUAAUGAUUAUGAUUUUUAGUUUAAUUUGUUUUCUACAUAAAACACGGUAAAAGAACAGGUUGGGUUAGAAAAAGUUUUUUGGGAGACCUAAAUUCGAUCCCAAAAACUAUUUGACGUUGUUUUACUUUAAAAAGCUAGUGUCAGUUUCAUUAAAACUCGUACCAUGUGCAGUUCUGCAGCCGAAAAAUCGUUUCGCUCUCGUUAUUGUCGCCUCAUUGGCUGUGAACGGAGCACAUAGCAAAUUUUCAUUCAACUAGUGUCGAUAUUGAACAAAUUUUCAGUUCGUUAUUCGAACAAUUUUCUUGACCUACGUUUACACGCUACCUGCGAGGGAAGCAGUCAAAAACGCAAAAUGGCUGUGUGUGCGUAUGUGUGUAUGUGUGUGCAAAUAAGCACUCACUUUUGGUUUGCUUUGAUCAAACGUAACUAACUUGCACACGCGUUUUGACACUUCGCAUGACGCUUGCACUCUGACAUCGACCUAUGAUUUGGCACGAAAUUGUCAAAAAAAAAAUUUGUUUUUGUUGAGUCACGCUUUGUCCUUAACAGUGCUCAUCUUGUAAUGUAUGGACGGUACAUGUUUUCAAAUCAUUUCUUUUUCAUAGUAUACUAGCCACUAGACAACAAAUUUCAGUAAGAUUUCUCAUUUUUCGACUAUACCUACCCUGGAACAAAAUGUCAUUAAAAUCAAAUAUCCUAAAUCGACUUCAAAAAUCGAUUUAUUUCGUUACAGGACUCAAUAAAAAAAUUUUCAUAUUUCUAUUCGAAAAUUUAACAAACUUUAGGAUUUGUCAUUUUUCUAUUAUAGCAAAUCGAAAAAAAUGUAGAAAAAGUCCAAAAAACAGUUCAGAUCAAUUUUUGAAAAACAAAGUAUGCAGAAUGGCUUUUUGUUUGUCCAGAAAGAUUCUUUGAAAUUUUAGAAGAUGCUACCAACUUCGAAUACGAUUUGGCGUGAAAUUUGCUAUAACAAAAAGUUUUACUUUUCUUUAAACUCGUCAGUGCAGAGCAGUUCAAUUUGAACUGUUUAGUGCAAACUUAAGCAGUUCAACUUGAACCGCUAAGCAGACGUAAAGUUAAUGCUAUUUGUAAAACAUUUUUCAAAUUGGCACCGAAGUGCCACGUCUUGGCACGCCAACGAAAACUUUAGUUUCGGCUAAUACUGGCAGAUUUAAGUAUGGUCAUUUAGGGGUUAACAUAAGUUUGUGCUUAAAACACAUAACAAACAGUUAGACAAAAUUUUUCCCUUAAAAGUGUCCAUCUUGCUAGGUAUAAGCUGUUUGUAGGGAACAUAAUUAUCAAUUAUUGGAAUUGAAAUUUUAGCAAAAUCAAAAUGUCUUUUUUUUUUUAUUGAGAAUCGAGAUUCAAUUCUAAAAAUUUAUCAAUUUUGGCAAAGAUUGUUGAAACCAUUUAAACAAUACAUUUUCGUAGGAUUUGUCAUUUGCGAUCAUAGUCAAUUGAAAAAGUUUAUAAAAAAUGUUUGACCCUUUUCAGAAGACAGUCGAGAUCAAUUUUGAAAAAAAAACAAAAUAUUCAGAAUUGCUUUUCGUGAACAAGUCUACAGAAAGUUUCAUUGAAAUCUGAGACUCCGAAACACGAUUCGGUAUGAAAUUCAUCUACACACUUAUUUUUUCUCACUGAAUCUCGGCAAAAUAAUUGCCGAGAUUUGCACCGCCGAGUUCACGGUAAUCAUCUUGGCAAAAGAUAAAAUUCCAAAGUCUCGGCAAUCUCGAAUUUGACAACCGUCAGUUAUUACGGAAAUUGUCAGUAAAAAGUUCACUGUCAAUUCGGCAUAACUAUUACUGAAUGUUCGGAUGAAGCAACGAAGUGAGAUUUACUAAUUACUGAGCCUUCAGCAAUUGAAAGUAAACAAAUAAUACUUUUUUUUUCUUGUAUACAUUCAAUUGGGUAUCAAGAUUUCAUUUUAUUUCCGUAUAAACAUACAAAAAAUAUACAAUUACAUUACUUAUGUACGAGGACUAGCUCCGAAUAUGUUGGUUGACACGUCGUUGAAUUUCUUCGACAUAUCCUAUAAUUACUUUCCAACAGGAAAACCAGGAUCUGUAAGAAAGGGAGGAAGCUUUCUGUAUAUAAGCACAAGAUUUUGACAAAUCUCGGCAAAAAGAUGUGCUUUGCUGAAAUAUCGGUAAAUCUACUAAACGAAUCUCGGAAAACAUUAUAUUGAAUACUGAGCAAUCAGUGAAAUUGUGAGUAUCUGAUCUGUCUCGGCAUUUUACUUUACCGAGCUCGAGAAUUGGGUAUUGUCUUUUUAUUAAGUUCUCGGUUGAUUUUUCAGAAGGCCGUAAGAACAACUGACAGUUUCUCUUUGCUUACUUUCUCUUCUAUUAAUUACCAAGCAGAUUCUACGUGUAUCACUCAACUCUUUGCAUAAAAUGAUACCCGAAACAUUCGACUUUCAUACAGAAUUGUGAAACUCAAGAAAAUCUUUAUAAUCACAUCACCAUAAUCGAAAGAGAAAGUAAACAAAGAGAAACUGUCACUUGCUCUUACGGCCUCCUGAAAAAUCAACCGAGAGCUGAAGCUCUCUUUACACUGAUAUAAACAGGCAAUGCAUUACACCACAAUACGGGCUCUUGUAAGAUUGUUUUCUUAUUUUCCGAUAAUUCUAACUGCUGUUAGAAGCAUUAUGCUGUUGUCAAUAUUUCGGUUUUGAAAAUGAGAAGCAGAUCACAAUGAAAUAUCAUUCAAAUACAAUGCGCAGAAAAAAGUGCGCUCAAUGCGGAACAAAUGCAUAUAAAAUAUUUCAAUGUGAACAUCAAUUCACCGGACUGAAUCGGAAAUACGGAAGUUCCUCGAUUGGAAUACAGUUGUGUAAUGGUAAAUAGAAUGAUCAUUAGAUUUUAUACAUCAAUCAGCAAACUCUCAAUCGGAUAUGAAAUGGUUGAAAACAAAAUUAGCCGACUCAGGAAAAACAAUGCGCAUAUCCCGCGCAUCGUGACUUUCCGGUUAAUAGAGUUCUGGUCACCACAUAAUCAACGAAUAAUAUGGCAUAAUCAGUAAGUACAGUCAUACGAUUUACUGAAUCACACUAGAACUGGAAUCAGCAAAACUGAAACUUUUAACCUAUACCAAAAGGAAAGUUCAGCCUGAUGGGACUGCAUCAUCUAACAUAGCGAUAUAAAAGCGAGACAUUAUCGAGAUUUCGUUUCCUAAUUCCUUCACAAUUUUUCGUUAACAGUAUCCAUUUAAACCAACAAUGUCCAAAAAUGUUCACUAACUCUUAAAGUUGAGACGUCAGCUGUCAAGCUGUGACAUCAUUCAACACUCUACAUUAAGCUAUAACACCGUACGUGCUAUCAGUCGGGCAACAUCAAAGAGCUCAUGUUUUUAUCAAGUUUUCAUCUCUCACCCUCUCGAUGGUGCAUGAAUUGGUACAAGAAGAAAAUGUGCACUUUUGAAGAACAGAAAAAAAGCCCAAAAUUCUCGAACAACGACCGUAAUUGGAUGUCCAACAUUACGACCUUUUCCGACGCCUUUCCGUUAUGUGUCAUAAUUCCUGGAAAGGGUGUAGAAAAGCGCAUUCCUCAACCAACCCGAGCUUCAUCCCAACAUCGAACGAAGCCCACUGAAUGAUCAGCGUUUUGUAAAAGGAGAGCCGAACAUUUCCCCAAAGUCUUUCUGCAACCCAACCGAUAAGCGCCUUUCGCUGACCCGUUUCCGGACUGAUGGAUGGCUUUCCUCCCUCACAGCAUGUAUCUCUCUAAAUCUAAGUCCAGUAAUAUAAACACACUUACUAUUUAAUACAAGCAGGAGAGCAACUCUCGGUAGGAAACGGGCCUUGCCUCAGCAAAUGUGCUCAAUCACUUUCGGGAUUUUGGGGGGAUAUUUCGACAGUUGAAUGGAACACGGUGUGUGUAUGCGUGGGUGAGAACAAAACUUGAACGAAAAACAACACAACAUGCCCGACUGAUAGCAAGUUCUUUAUGUCAGUCAAAUUAAUUCGACUUGUGUAAGUCGAUGCUGUCACAGACCCAUUACUGAGAUCAACGUUUUGUUACUUCUCUUUCUUUUUCAUUUAAGUCUUUAAAUCGCUAAAUCGCAAAUCAAGGAUGAAAAUACGAUUAUUACUGUUCCAUUGAUAAACGAACAA